UAAAACACUUCCGGUGUGCGCAAGUAUUAGCACGUGUAUGAAGACCAGCUCGUGUUUCUUGGUUAUUAUUUGAUGAAUUGAGAGGCCACUGAAUUCAUAAACGUGGGCUUAUAACUUUGAAAAAUAAGAGGGAUUAAUACUGAAAUAUAUGUGAGGAUAAGCCAAGCCAGACUAAGGAAAGUUUUACGAUGUCAUCACUGUCUCCAGCUCAUUGUGUUUACAAUUAAACCCAUUGUUUGUUAACUAGCAAACAUGGAGGAGCAGGACCAAGCACUUGUUGACCAGGUGGAGAAGGAUAAUGAAUUCAUCAAGCAUAUGUUGGAUCUUAUUCCUCCCAGUGUCUAUUUUGACAAAGACACUAAAGCAAAGUUGAUCCAUGAAAAGAAAAAACAAAUUCAAGGAUUAAUUCAAGGCUCAAAGCAGAAUUUAAAAAGGGACAAUAGAGAUUUAACUGAAAAAGCUCUUCUAAAGAGAGCAAAAUUUGAUCCUCAACAGAACUUGCCUGUCACGCAAAUACAAGAGCCAACAAAAGAUGAUGAAGAGGAAAGUGAGGAGGAAAUAGAAGAAAAUAAAAAGGAUGAGAAAAAGAAAAAGAAGCUGAAAUCUAAAACUUCAGACAGAUUGGAAGAUGGAAAUUACACAAAAAUCAAGAACAAACAGAAGAGUAAAAGGCGGAAGAGGCAAGAUUCAAUAUCUAAAGAUCCCAACCUGAAGAGUUCUGUCAGCAAUUUGGAAGAACUACGUGAAAAACUGAAGAGCAGAAUUGAAGAGUUAAAAAACAAAAGACAGAAAAACAUGACUGUCGAUGAGAUCCAAGAAAAGAAAAGACUGAAGAGAAAGGAGAGCAAGCUCAAGUUAAAGAUAAGAAAGAAAACCGAAAAGCAGAACAAGAAUAAAGGUGUAACUGGCAAUGGGAGUGUGGAUGCAGUUUAUAAUGGGGCACUGCCUGCAGGUCCCAACAAAAACACUAAAGCUGCCAAACCAGUUUUUAAUAAAGAAGGCAAGAUGGUUUUUAGUAGGUUUGACUUUACAGAAGGCACGAGUAAAGAGAGUAAAAAAAGUAACAAAUUUGCUGGAAAAGACUACAAAAAGUUAUUGCAAAAGGUUGAAAAACAAAAGGAACAUGUUGACAGGUUAAAAGUGUCAGAUAAAGAAAAGGCCAAACAGGUUCAGGAAAAAAUAACAUGGACGUCUGCAUUACAAAGGGCAGAAGGAAUAAAAGUUAAGGACAACCCAGAAAUGUUAAAGAAGGCAGCAAAGAGGAAAGACAAAAAGAAACAGAUUGCUAAAAAACACUGGACCGAAAGAGAAGAAAAGUUGAAGGAUAAAAUGGAGGAAAGGCAAAAGAAACGACAGAAAAACAUUAAAGCUAAAAAACAAGCUAAGAUAGACAAAAAGAUUAAGAGUGCAAAGAAGAGAGGCAGGAUAAUACCUGGUUUCUAAAAAAGUCAUUUUUAAUUGGCCUGCCUUCACAAAAAGGCAGUGUGCCAGACUUCCUAGAACACCAUUUUUACAGGUUUUUUAGGGAAUAGAAGACUACAGUAUAUUGCCACAGUAGAGAGAAUUUCAUUGUUACAUUAUAGAUUAAAAAAACUAUUUCCAUUACAAACAAAAAAUUGUCAACAUUAUGAAGUUAUUUUAUGUGAAGAAAAUAAAUGUAAAACGCGAUUUGUGGAGCUGGACCACAAUAUCUCCAGUUGAAGAACUUGAGGUCCGACUGUUUUCCAAAACCUCUUUCCAUUGAAAGUCUGUCCUGGUCAUGUCUGCAGUGGGGUUGGGAUUGUGGGCCUUAUAAGUAAAAUUUUACAAAGAACCUAAAGGCCUCUUCAUUUAAUGGAUACUUUACCCAAUAUUUUGGGGUAAGUUGCAAUUGUCUUGAUAAAGCUUUGUACGCUUCAUGGUAACAGUAGCUUAAUGAAGAACUUGACUACAAGUUACUGUGGACCUGCUGUUUGUAAAAUGCCAUCACCCAAUAAAUAUGCACAGUUAGAAGUUAAGUACUGUUAACCCUAACAGUAGCUCAGGAUAUUUUGUUAAAUAGACCCAGGAUUUUGAUGAUUUUAUAAUUCUAAAUUAUAGAAUAAAGGUGAUAUUCAUUUACAAACAUAUCAUGGCACUAGUUAUUUGGCCUUCAGAACUUCAUUUGGGAGGAAAAUGUAUAAUUUUACCAUCUUGAAAUAAAGUCUGGUCAGUCGUAACUUUUUGUCAUUUCAAACUCCCAUAUUUGAAAAUUGAAUUUACUAUUGGCUGGAAGUCCUUCAAAGUUACCAAU